GCAGUGAUUCGGAGUGGAAGCGCUAGAAUCUCGAGCGCCGCGUCGAAGCGCAGCGACAUUUUCGUCUCGUUUCAUUUCCUCUUCAUCUACAGGCCCGAUUCGGACAGUCUGAUCUCAGACCCAGAACAACUGGAUGCUCGGAACACACCAGAGCUCGAGCCAGCAGAAGAGAAUCGGGCGCUUCUGUGUGAUCUUCCCCGUCAAACCCCGCCGGCUCUGAUGGUUGUCGUGUGACGCUCAGAGUCUCAGCAUCGCUCAGCAUGUCUGCUCUACAGGCAGCAUGGCCGCCCGGCACCGAGUGUGUGGCCAAGUACAAUUUCCAGGGCAGCACCGAGCAGGACCUUCCCUUCUGCAAAGGAGACCUGCUGACCAUCAUUGGCGUAACCAAGGACCCAAACUGGUAUAAAGCGAAGAACAGCGUUGGCCGAGAGGGGACGAUUCCUGCUAACUACGUCCAGAAGAGGGAGGGCGUCAAAUCUGGAGGAAAACUCAGUAUGAUGCCGUGGUUUCACGGUAAGAUCACGCGUGAGCAGGCGGAGCGGCUGCUGUAUCCGCCGGAGACGGGACUGUUCCUGGUGCGCGAGAGCACCAACUACCCCGGAGACUACACACUGUGUGUGAGCUGUGAUGGGAAGGUGGAGCAUUAUCGCAUCAUCUAUCACAGCGGGAAACUGUCCAUCGACGAGGAGGAAUACUUCGACAACCUCAUGCAGCUGGUGGAGCACUACACUAAAGACGCUGAUGGUCUUUGCACACGCCUCAUUAAACCCAAGCUGAUGGAGGGGACGGUGGCGGCGCAGGACGAGUUCUCCAGGAGUGGAUGGGCUCUGAACAGGAAAGAUCUCAAACUCAUACAGACGAUCGGCAAAGGAGAGUUCGGAGAUGUGAUGGUGGGAGAUUACAGAGGGACGAAGGUCGCCGUGAAGUGCAUCAAACACGACGCCACGGCGCAGGCGUUUCUCGCUGAAGCCUCAGUCAUGACUCAGCUGAGACACACUAACCUCGUGCAGUUAUUGGGUGUGAUCGUGGAGGAAAGAGGCAGUUUGUUCAUCGUGACUGAAUACAUGGCCAAGGGCAGUCUGGUGGAUUACCUGCGCUCUCGAGGUCGGACCGUCCUGGGCGGCGAGUGUCUGCUCAAAUUCUCCCUUGACGUAUGUGAAGCCAUGGAGUAUCUGGAGGCCAAUAACUUCGUGCACAGAGAUCUGGCAGCUCGCAACGUCCUGGUGUCCGACGACAACAUUGCUAAAGUCAGUGACUUUGGACUGACCAAGGAGGCCUCGUCCACUCAGGACACAGCCAAACUUCCCGUCAAAUGGACCUCGCCGGAGGCCCUGCGAGAGAAGAGGUUUUCUACCAAAUCAGACGUGUGGAGUUACGGCGUUCUUCUGUGGGAGAUCUACUCGUUCGGACGGGUGCCGUACCCCAGAAUUCCGCUGAAGGAGGUGGUGCCGCGGGUGGAGAAGGGCUAUAAGAUGGACGCUCCCGAUGGCUGUCCGGCUGCCGUCUAUGACCUGAUGAAGCAGUGCUGGACGCUGGAUCCUGCGGGACGGCCCUCGUUCCGUCUGCUGCGUGAGAAGCUGCAGCACCUCAGAGCCAAAGAGCUGUACCUGUGAGGGGCCCGGGGCCGAUUCAGAGCCCCUGCAUCACUGACCCAAACCUUUUACUGUGGCACAACACUCUUCUUUUGAGGAUUUGGACGUGGACUGUUGAUCUGGACACAAUUUCGUGAUCAGUGACGUGAGAGGAGGAACACAUGGAUGUGUGUGUGUGUGUGUGUGUGUGUGUGUGAGUGUGCAUCAGUAUUUACUCCUCUUCUGGUUUUGUUUUCCGUUCUGCUCGACAUCAGUGAGGAGGGCUGGUCUUUUCCUUCGCUGCUGUUUUUCUCUCUCACUCCUUUGUUAAAAUAUCUUGUGAAAAUGCGUCUGUCAUAUUUCACCUCAUAAUCAAAAUUUAAGAUGCAGUUUGCAUUAGAAAAAUGAAGCCUGUUUGUCAGAAUAUUGUUUUCAUUAAUGUUAAAUGUCCAGAUGUUUUACUUUAAAGUUAUUUUGUUUUUCUCAGUGUUGAUCAGUUUAAAUGAGGAAAAAUACAAUUUUCAUGACAGUAAUGCAAAAACAUACUUUUUUCCUCCUACAGAAGUUCAUACAUGAUGGUAAUAUUUUUUUUCUCCUUUUGCUCAUGUAUACUUUGUUGUUUUUUUUUGCAUUACAAUCAUAAAAAUAUUAUUUUUUUAGCAUUGCAGAAAUAAGAUUUGUCAAAAUGUAAAAGAAUCUAAGUUCUCCAAACAGGCUCAUUUUUUUAUGAAAGAAUUGUUUUCCUUCUGGAUUUGGGGUGAAUGUGAGCUGCACACGCUCAUGUGGUGUCAUUCUGAGGUGCUGCUGUUCUUUCCUUGUGUGUGUCAUGCGCGUUUUGAGUGUGAUUGAGUGUCGAGUGUGUGUGCAUUGCAUGUGUAGUGUUUGUUGCGUGUGACACAUUUGUGUGUGACAUGCGUGUGUUGUGUGACGUAUGUAAGUGUGUGCGUGACAUGCAUAAGUGUGUGCGUGACAUGCAUAAGUGUGUGUGUGCGUGUGUGUUGUGCGUGACAUGCGUGUAAGUGCGUGUGUGCGUGUGUGUUGUGCGUGACAUGCGUGUAAGUGCGUGUCAUGCAUGUUGUGCGUGACAUGCAUGUAAGUGUGUGUGUCAUGCGUGUUGUGCGUGACAUGCGUGUAAGUGUGUGUGCGUCAUGCAUGUUGUGCGUGACAUGCGUGUAAGUGUGUGUGUGACAUGCGUGUGUGUGUGCAUGUUGUGCGUGACAUGCAUGUAAGUGUCAUGCGUGUAAGUGUGUGUGCGUCAUGCGUGACGUGCGUAUCAUGCGUGUUGUGCGUGACAUGCGUGUAAGUGUGUGCGUCAUGCGUGUUGUGAAUGACAUGCAUGCAAGUGUGUGUGCGUCAUGCAUGUUGUGCGUGACAUGCAAGUGUGUGUCAUGCAUGUUGUGCGUGUUGAGCGUGACGUGUGUAUCAUGCGUGUUGUGCGUGACAUGCGUGUUGUGCGUGACGCGUGUAAGUGUGUGCGUCAUGCGUGUUGUGUGUGACAUGCAUGUGUGUGUGUCAUGCGUGUUGUGCGUGUAAGUGUGUGCGUGACAUGCGUGUUGUGUGUGACAUGCGUUUAAGUGUGUGUGUGACAUGCGUGUUGUGCGUGACAUGCGUGUUGUGCGUGACAUGCGUGUAAGUGUGUGUGACAUACGUGUUGGGCGUGACAUGCAUGUUAUUAUGCAUGUCAUGCAUGUGCGUGUCAUGCGUGUGCAUCAUGCGUAUCCGUGUUGUGUGUGUCGUGCGUGUGACAUGCGUGUAAGUGUAUAGUGUGUGUUGUGUCAUGCAUGUGCGUGUCAUGCGUGUGUGUCAUGCGUGUUGUGUGCGUGUGUGCGUGUCAUGCGUGCGUGUGUGUGUGUGUCAAAGUGCCUGCUGGAGUUGUCAGAGCAGUGCCUGUGUUCCUCUGACGUCACGCUGCCACAGACUCAACACGUGUCUUGUUUUUAUUCUUUUCUUUUUUUAAAUCCUUUUUUUAAUGUUUGCAUUUGUUGAUUUGUCAUCUGCAUCGAGAGUGAUCGGGUUUGUUCACUAGCGCCAGACUGAACUUAGGCAAUGAGCUGGGAAACACACACACACACACACACGUAUCCCAGCUGAGCUCAUGUGCCUGUCAACACGCUCACACACUUACGCACAAACACUCUCUCACACACUCACACACUCCCUCUAGCGGACUCAGAGGCUCAUCCAGCAGAACUCUUGAUGCGUCAGCCUGUUUUAUAUUAAAAUAUAUUUAAAGAACUGGAAACAGAAAUGCCAUGACAGGAAGAGACGUGUGUGUGUCUCCAGACGGACUGCAUGCUCAGAGAGGCCUUGAGUAACGUGUCAGUGGUUUCAAUGUUCAUUGUUUUAAUAUUCUGCCAUGAUUAUGAAUAAAUCAUUCCUUCUGUC